GCAAGGCCAGCCAGCACGCCAGUCGAUUCCACGCCAAGCUCGUGGAAAUGGAGUGCCUGUCUCGUGAUUCCUACAUGCGGCAAAUCAAAUCUGUGCAGCUAGCGUAAUCAAUUCAGUCGUCGAUACGGAAUAUAGAUCACCAAAAGAUCUUGCCAUGCGGAUGCGCAUCUCCGUUUUUCUAUUUGAUUUGAUCCGCACGAUUCACUCGUUGGGCGCUACAGUUCAUUAGGUGUGUACUGUAGAGCAUUUGAUGAACGCAGAUGCCUCGCUCCGCCUACAGGCCUACAAGUAGCUCGCGGUCAAGCUCACGACGAGCGCCAAGGGUAUUAAUCCAGAGCAUUGCCAACACCACGCUCGCACCGCGACGUACGCGCGGCGAUGUCCACCACCGAGGCGCUCCUCGCCGGCCCCGGCAGUGUCGGCGGCGGCGAGCGCCUGAGCAUCGACGACGCGCUCGCGCAGCACGCGGGGGAGUUCGGGCGGUGGCAGCUGCGGCACUUCCUGCUGGUGACGGCGGCGUGGAUUCUGGAGGCGAUGCACACCAUGGUCAUGAUCUUCGCCGACCGCGAGCCGGCAAUGUCGUGCCCCAAGGGGGACGGCCGGUGCGGCGACCGCUGCGCGGGCGCCGCGGCCGGGUGGCAGUGGGACCAGGGGAGCGGCUCGUCGACGGUGGCAGAGUGGGGCCUCGUCUGCGGCGAGAGCUACAAGGUCGGCCUCGUCCAUGCUAUCUAUUUCGCCAGCGCCAUGAUCGGCGCCGGCGUCUUUGGACACUUGUCGGACUCUUUUUUGGGUCGGAAGGGCUCCCUCCAGGUGGUGUGCUUCCUGAAUGCCAUUUUCGGCCUCCUCACCGCGCUAUCUCCCGACUAUUGGGUCUACGUGGCCUUACGCAUCCUAACAGGCUUCAGCGCCGGCAGCAUUUGCCUUUGCUCCUUUGUCCUUGCCACAGAGCCCAUAGGGCCCUCCUAUCGUGGUGUUGUUGGCAUGUCCAUGUGUUAUUUCUUCUCCGGCGGCAUUGCUAUCCUCGCUGGCAUCGCCGCGAUGUUCCAGUCCUCUUGGCGCCUUCUGUAUGUCGUCACCUCCAUGCCCUCCCUCGUCUUUGUGCUCACCAUCUUGCCAUUCGUCUCCGAGUCGCCACGUUGGUACCUUGUGCGGAGGCGCGUUGACGAUGCAAUGCAAGUUCUACAAGACAUUGCCUUCACCAAUGGAAAGAGCAUCCCAGAUUACAUCUCACUCAAGCUUGACGAUGAGGAUGACAUCGAUAAGAAGAUCGAUGGGUCGUCAUCGUCGAUCCUAGACGUGUUUAGGUCACGAACAACACGGGGCAGGCUGGUGCUCUCAGUACUCAUCAGCUUCCUUUGCUCGGUGGUAUACUACGGGUUGAGCCUCAACGUGGUCAAUCUAAAGAUUAACCUUUACAUCAGUGUGGUUGUUAACUCUCUCGCUGAGAUGCCCGCGUUUUUGCUCACUACGAUGCUCCUUCAACACUUGGGUCGGAAGCCACUAGCCAUUGGCUCGAUGCUUCUCAGCGGUGUCUUCUGUACAUCUGCCAGUCUUAUUACCGGCGUCGGUGCCAUGAGGGCGGUAAGGAUGGCAUGCGGGGUGGUAGGAAUCUUCGGAAUGGCCGCGACAUACAAUCUAUUGGUUGUAUACACAACAGAGUUGUUCCCUACAACGGUGCGCACCGCGGCGAUGGGAUGUACAUUACAAGCGUCCAAGAUGGGUGCCAUACUAGCACCCAUGGUAGUGUUACUCGGCGAGCAGAUGCCAUUCGCAGUGUUUGGCAUGUUGGGUAUCAUCGGUGGACUACUGGUGUUCUGCCUCCCGGAGACUAUGAA